CUUAAAGAAUUAUUAAAAGAAAAAAAAGCAAGCAAUCUAUAAACGACUUUUUUCAUUUUCCCAGUAAACUUUUUAAUCAAAAUCACGAUCCGUCGCAUUCAUUUUACUCAAAAAUUCUCUCCAUAGCUUCCCCCUCCCCCUGAUCGCUUUCUCCACCGUCAUCCCAACUGUAUUUUCACUGAUUUUUAUUUAUUUAUUUAUUUUCUAUUUUUAUUGAUUGAUGUAGUUUGACGUUGGACUAGCUAGCUGGCAUCGAUCUCUGAUCAAAGUCCCCCCCCCCCAAAUCGUAUGGCUGCCAACGGAUCGCAUAAUCUAGGGUUUCGAUUAGGUAUCUUUCUUGACCUUAGUUAAAACAUUGAUUUGCUUCUCUUCAUUUUCUGUUUUGUGCCAGAUGUUUGCAGUGGGUAAUUGUUUUGUUAUUUUUUGUUUUGUUUUGGGGGACGGGGUAUCAUAGUGGAGUAGUGAUUUGGAAGAAGUCAAAAUUGAUUUGCAACGAAGAUGAAUUCAGCCGGGGGUGGAUUGAAUUGGUUAAUACAUUAAGCAAAUUCUAUCUGAAGCACAACACCGGUGGUUGAGACCUGCUGAAAUUUGUGAGAUUCUGCGGAACUACCAGAAGUUCUAUAUUACUCCUGAGCCUCCACAGAGGCCAGCAAGUGGAUCUGUGUUUCUGUUUGAUCGGAAGGUGUUAAGAUAUUUUCGUAAAGAUGGGCACAAUUGGAGGAAGAAGAAGGAUGGCAAGACAGUGAAGGAGGCUCAUGAGAAGCUGAAGGUUAGUGUGGGAAAGAGAAGACACUCUUUGAAUAAAUUGUAGUCCAAAAAUAUUGUUCUGCAAUGGAGUAAUGUAUUUGAAGUUUUGUUUAAUCUUGGUUGAGCUCUUAUUCUUGUUUCUAGCUAUACCUUUUCAGGUUGGAAGCGUCGACAUGUUACACUGCUACUAUGCCCAUGGAGAAGACAACGAGAAUUUCCAAAGGCGUAGCUACUGGAUGCUUGAACAGUAAGUUUGCGCUGUCAAUGUAUUGGUUCUUAGCGAAGUCUAGAUAAGUAUGUCUCGGGUUAAUUGCCCAUGUUUGUACACUUCCUUUUUUACGUGAAUUUUACAUAUACACACAUUUUUUCCUGUUUACUUUGGUCUUUGGUAGCAUUGUUCACCAUUGAAUUCUGUAUUCCAUAUCCCAACUUAAUGGGAUACCUUUACCCUAGAUUGUAACAAGGGGAUGUGCUCUACUAUUUGAGUGACAGAAGUAAAAAUUAUUGUGUUGUCAGUUUCCCCUUUUAAUGAAUUCUUAAUGUUGGUGAUCAUUCACUUUCAGAGGCUCAAAGUUCUUUAUGGUUAAGUUUGCCUCUGUAAAAUUUUCAUAAUAUGCUUGUCUGGCGUGGUUUCAUUUUCUCUUUAGUUUUGUUGCAAAGUGAAAUGCGUAGAUUUGGUGAAAUAUGGAGGAUAGUGAUUUAAACGGUGUGCAAAUUCUCAUACUUCUGUGUACAAGUUAUUUUAAGAUCUAAAUUUUGCAUGUGUUUAGUUGGAGAAUGAGCUAGUCGUUGGGAAUUAGUCAAUGUGUUCUUUUUUCGUUUUAUUUCCAUCACCUCUUGUUUGCAUCAACAUCAUUUCUAGGGAAGAGCUCUGAUUUCAUGUUACAAUGCUGCAGGGAACUCAUGCAUAUUGUCUUUGUACACUACUUGGAGGUCAAGGGGAAUAGAGCGAACAUAAGCAGCAUUAGGGAUACUGAAACAGUAUCUUCAAAUUCCCAAAAUGAAAGCUCGUUCUCAACUAGUUCUGCUGGAAAUUACGAUGCAUUAGCUUCUCCAUACGCUGAUACGACUAGUCCUACCAGCACUCUCACAUCUGCAUGUGAAGAUGCGGAGUCUAUGGGACAAAAUCCAGAAAAUAUUCCCCAAAUGAGGCCCAGAGUCCAAGCUUAUGUUGGGCGGCCGCAAGAUUUGAAUUCGCAAGGGAUCGGGAAUCUAGAUGUUGAUCUCGCAAGCUCUUAUGAUAUGCUUCCACGUUUGGGAACUCAGACUAGUCCUUCAUUGGAGCAUAUGUCAUUUCCUGAUGGACAUGGAGGUGUUGAUCCCGCUGUCGGUAACUUAGUAUCUGGUGAACAACAGACACUGGAUCUGGCAUCGUGGGAAGAGGUUUUGGGACAUUGUUCAACAGGCAUAAUUCCUAACGAACAGAAGUCAUGGAAUGCCUCUGAUAAUCCAGCCAAUUGGCAGGGAGACUAUUCGUUGCACAUGCAAGGGUUACCAAGUAAUCAAAAUUUGAUGCCUGGCUCAAGUUAUUUUGGCAAAGGAAGUUUCAUGGACCAGAAAUCUCUUUCUGCAAUUCUUCAAAAUGCUGAUGACCCAUUUUUCUUGAUGCCUGAAGGGCAGGAAUCAGAGCAUGCGGGAGGGGGCAUUCAAAAAUUGCAUGCAAAUAUCGAAUCUGGAUAUUUCAUGAAUCAGAAGACUGAGAAUGGUUUGCCUCCUGUUUUAAAACAGUCACAUUUAAGUGGCAUCCAAGCUGAAGAGAGCUUGAAGAAAGUUGAUAGCUUUUCCAGGUGGAUGGCCAAAGAACUUGGGGAGGUUGCUGAUUUGCAGUUGCCACCAAGUAAUGGUUACUCAUGGAGUUCUCUGAAUGCGGAGGAUGUGGUUGGUGAUCCCUGUACUCCUUCCCAACUACAACUUGACACCGAUACAUUGAAUUUCUCACUUUCUCAGGAACAACUUUUCAGCAUUGCAGAGAUUUCACCUAAUUGGGCUUAUUCUAACUUGGAAACAAAGGUUGUAAUAAAUGGAAGAUUUCUUAAGAGUGGAGACGAGUUAGCAAAUUGCAGAUGGUCAUGCAUGUUCGGAGAAGUAGAAGUCCCAGCAGAAAUCUUAUCAGAAGGAGUUCUCUGUUGCCGUACCCCACCCCACAAGGCAGGAAUUGUUCCGUUCUAUGUUACUUAUUCAAAUCGAUUGGCUUGUAGUGAAAUACGAGAAUUUGAGUAUCGGAUGGGACCUUGUAAGGAAGCUGGCAUUUCAGAUAUCCCUGAAGGUGAUUCGCUUGAGGUGCAUUUACAGAAACGACUUCAGAAUUUACUGUUGAUGGAUUCUACAAAUAGCAACCAGAAUUUAUCUGAGAAUACUGUGGAGAAAAAAGAAGCUGCCGAGAAAAUAAUUUCUCUGAUGGAGGCUGAAUUCGAUCAGAUGGCAACAUCAUCGUCGGUGACUGAUAUCUCUCAACGUAAAGUAACAGUAGAUCAACAAGUUGAGACAUGGCUAAAAGAGAAGUUCUUUUCAUGGCUGCUCCAAAGAGUAAGGGAAGAUGGUAAAGGGCCACUUGUUGUUGAUAAUAUGGGUCAAGGAGUCUUGCAUUUAGCUGCUGCCCUUGGUUUUAACUGGGCACUAAAGCCAAUGAUGAUUUCAGGAGUCAGUAUUGAUUUCCGUGAUGUGAAUGGAUGGACAGCUCUUCACUGGGCUGCUUUAUGUGGCAGGGAAGAAACAGUUGUUGCCCUUGUUUCUCUUGGUGCAACUCCUGGAGCAUCAACUGAUCCAUCUGGGGAAUACCCCUUGGGAAGAACUCCUGCAGACCUUGCUUCUGCAAAUGGACACAAGGGAAUAUCUGGUUUUCUUGCUGAGUGCUCCCUCACCAAGCACCUCUCGACUUUGACUAUGAAGGAUGAUAUCCUUGAAGGCUCUGGAUCAAAAGCUAUACAAACAGUUUCAGAACGUGUUGCUUCUCCAUUUACUGAGGAGGAUGUGCCAGAAUCACUUUCACUGAAGGAUUCUCUUGCUGCUGUGUGUAAUGCAACUCAGGCAGCUGCUCGCAUUCAUCAAAUUUAUCGGAUCCAAUCAUUUCAAAGGAAGCAGCUUAAUCAGGAUGGUGAUGAAUCUACUGCAGAUGAGCAGGCUCUUUCCCUUGUUGCUGCGAGAGCAAGCAGGCUUGGAAAGCAUGACUAUACUGCCCAUGUUGCAGCCAUAAGCAUUCAGAAAAGAUAUCGUGGUUGGAAGAAGAGAAAAGAAUAUUUAUUGAUUAGGCAAAGAAUUGUUAAGAUUCAGGCUCAUAUUAGGGGGCAUCAGGUCAGGAAGAAGUAUAAAUCAAUAGUUUGGACUGUGGGAAUCUUGGAGAAGGUUAUUUUGAGAUGGAGAAGGAAAGGGAGUGGUUUAAGAGGCUUUCGUCCAGAUGCAGUUGCGAAAUCCCCCACCAUGGAAGACGUACCCCAGAAGGAAGAUGAUUAUGACUUUUUGAAGGAUGGUCGGAAACAGACAGAAGAAAGAAUGCAAAAAGCACUUGCUAGGGUCAAGUCUAUGGCUCAACAUCCUGAGGCACGAGCUCAAUACCGUAGAUUGUUAACUGUUGCUGAAGGAUUGCGUGAAACUGAGGAAACUUCCAGUAUGAGCUUGAGAGCUUCAGAAGAUAUGAACUACCCUGAUGAGGAGCUGUUUGAUGUAGAGUCUCUGUUGGAUGAUGAUACUUUCAUGUCCUUAGCGUUCCAGUGAGUCCCUCCGCUUUUAAAGGAGCUGUAGUUGUGAAUGAUUAAUGUUCAUUAUAGGAUAUGCUGUGGCAAUGUUGUCCUGUGUAUAAAUGUGAUGUAUAGUAUAGAAGUACUGUAGUAUUGACUUGUUGGUUUUUUAGAUCUUCAGUGGAUUAUUGCUGCAAGUUUUAACAGGUUGGAUAAUACAUUUAGCUGAUCCUAUUUGUCAACUUUACUAAAAUUGAGAGUAUAGUUUAUAAUUUUAUAUAGGUUUAUAACUUUAUUAUAUACUUUACUACAUAUUUGAAACGCUGGACAUGGUAAUUUUAUGUUCUUUACAGGGGGCUUAAAAUUGUAGUCAUUGAUUCUUUGGUUACCCUGUUAAGUGCUUACCUAUGAAAGGCUGAAUUACC